AUGGCGGCAGCUAAAACGCUGUUGCUGCGGGCGAUCGGCUGGGCGUAUCUUUUGUCACCGGCUGCUACAAAUGCAGUGGAUAGAUUGCAAGCCGCGCUCGACGAGGAUGGCGACUGCCACGGUCCGGAUCACUGCGCGCUGAACGCCGUACAGCGAAGAGCUAGCGUGGAGAGAGAAGAUGAACCACGGAGCUGUGGUUUCAACUUCUCGCACUGCUUCGCCGAGCCGCCGGCGGGUGGCAAACUUCUUGAUCUCAGACCUGGCGAAUUCGAAUCUCUUUUGGUACCUGCUCCGGCGCCCAACGGCACUGCGCAGGACAUGGCUUCGCUGCGCUUUAGUUUGAUGGCCAACAGCGUCAGCACCGUCCUGCAUCAGUGGCAGUUUCUGUCAGACGAGAACAUUUUCGCCUACAGUCCUGCCGUUGGAGCGAACUUGGAGAAAACAGCCCCAACGUUAUCUGCCUGCAUCAUGGCUUUCUACAAGCCCAUUCGCCAGGUGAAGGACUACUUCAAGGAAAAGAUACAAAGACCGCGCCCGUUCCAGACUCAUACCAGUGUGAAGCCCUGCAUGCCAGAAGAGACAUCCUUCUCCUACCCCAGUGGUCACGCGACUUUUUAUUCUGCUACCUCCGAGCUUCUGGUGCCCUGGUUCCGUGCGCAUAGUCAGCGGCUGGAGUACAUUGGCGUCAGCGGCUCGAAAGCACGAGCCCUAUGCGGCGUGCACUACAAAUCUGAUGAGAACGCUGGCAUGAAAUUGGGCAAGAUGGCAGCCAUCGAGAUAAUGCAGACUCCGCAAUGGCAGAGCUUCGUUGCGAAGCCGAGUCAGCAAGUUCUGCAG